AUGAAGACGAUUCUUGUCCUUGGUGUCGGCAUCGCCGCCGUGCCCGUUAUCCAUCAGACCAUGAAGACAACCGUCCUGAAGAGCAAAGAUCUUAAGAUGGUUGUUGUCAACCCUACGGAUUAUUUCCUUUGGCCAAUUGCCAUGCCUCGGCUCGUUGUCCCUGGCCAGCUCCCUGAUUCUAAGGUCAUCUACGAACUGCCCCCUGCAUUCAAGGACUAUCCUGCGGACAAAUUCGAAUUCGUUCGUGGAAGAGCUGCAGCUCUCGAUGCUCAAAGCAACGUUGCUAGCAUUGCUCUGAACAGUGCUGGCACCCGUGAGAUUGCAUACGACGUGCUCAUCAUCGCGACCGGCUCCUCUGCUAAGGAGAACAUGCCCUGGAAAAUGCUUGAUACAUCCGCGCAAACUUUCGACAGAAUUCACAGUAUUCAGCAAAAAGUGAAGUCCUCCGAGACAAUUGUUGUCGUCGGCGGUGGUGCGACUGGUAUCGAGACCGCGGGUGAGCUUGGCUUCGAGUAUGCCAAGAAUGGCACGAAGGACGUCUAUUUUAUCCACAGCGGUGCCCUUCCUCUCGGAGAUCACAUCAAGGACAGUGUACGAAAACAAGCGCGAGACGAGCUUGAAAAGCUUAAUGUCAAGAUCAUCUCCAAUACCACUGUUACCUCCACCACGCCUUCCGGAGACAACGUCGUCCUCCAGCUAACUGCUGCUGAUGGCACAACCAAGUCGCUCACCACUGGGGCAUAUCUCCCGACUAUGGGCAUGGUUCCGAAUACUUCGUUCCUACCGUCUUCCAUGCUUGAUACCUACGGUUUUGUUAAGCAGACCACCACACUUCAAGCGGAAGGCCACAAGAACAUCUUUGUCAUUGGUGACGCCGGUAGCUUGGAAGGCAACAUGGCUCUCGCCGCCGAUGCACAGGCCAACCACUUAAUCAAGACAUUGCCCGCCUUCCUCAAGGGCGAGACUGUUGCUGAAUACAAAAAGUCUGACAAAGUAAUGAUGAGUGUUACAGUUGGUCGUGCGCGAGGCACUGGCCAAGUCGGAAGUUUCAAAAUCUUCAGCUUCCUAGUUUGGUACCUCAAAGGACGCUUCCUGGGAACCGACUAUGUCGCCAAUCUUGUCGCUGGAAAGAGAAGCAUCCUCACUAAAUUUGAUUAG